CUGAUCUUAUCCUAGUCACCAUGACCCAACCGCCCCCGAACUCUCCACAGUAUUCUGAGACACGCCAGCAGGCCCCACAGAGUUCGCUGUUACGCUCUCUCAAUCCACCGCCUCAGGUCCAUCCCUCGAGACCGAUUCAUUUGACAUCGAAUUUGUCCGCAAGUUCUCCUUCCAAAGUAAUAGAGCGAGUAGACUCAGGCUACGGCACCAGCGAUUCAGGCGACUCCCCUGUGUCUACUCCAUGCGAUUCUCCAGAUGCCCCUUCCUCUGAUGGCGGACACGGCUUGGAAACAAACCUGAGAUGCCUGCCCAAGCCAGUGCCCCCAGGCAACGAUCCCCCUCCCAUCAUUCACCGACCUGUUCCCCGACCGCAUUCUCCAUCUCGGGACAAAUUUGAGAGCCCUGCAUACAACCAAGCGGAGAGUUCUCGUAAUGCCAAAGUCUCCGUCGUCCCUCCACCAGCUCACUCAUCCGGUAGGCCCCGGCCCAAAGACGAAGAUCGUAUUCCCCAGGCAGACCCCAAAUACUUGACGCACAAAGCUUCGUUCAACGGCCGUCCUUUACCCAAGCUUCCCGUCGCGGUCCCACAACUACCAACGCCUGCGCCGUCUACGCGGCCAGGGAUUGCUACGGGAUCCUACCAGACAAAUCCUCCUCACCAUCCUUCCGCCAGCACUGAUUUCCCUAGCUCGCCCCCAGAGCCACUUAUCACCAACGGAAAGAAGGCUCCCGAUAGAAAGCCAACCAACCUGCAGAAUCGAGAGAGUUCGGGUGAUGGAGUCCUCCCGACACCGCCCAUCGAUGACCUCAGUCGACCUUCUUCUCGUUCUGCCCAGCCUGCGCCGUUACGGUCCAACGAGCUCAAGCCAGCCGCCCCUCUAGCCCAAGCGCAGCCAGCGAUACACCGUGGCAAGUCUCCUUUCCCUACUCCGCCAUCCUCUCCGUGCUCUCCGGGCGAAGAUGAAGACUUCAAUCCGAUUAUGGAGCUCUACACAGCAGAUCGAACGUACCAAAACUCUCCUUCCCCUCUGGUCAUGGUCACGCCCCGCGUAACUACACCUCCACAGAGCAUACCCGCGGAGGCUCCCGCAGAUCGCCAGCCUCCUGUCCCCAACUAUCCUUCAAUUAGCGUCGUUGAUGACUCCUCUUCUCCUUCCCCACACUCUUCCGGGGCACCUCUCAACGAUAUAGGCUACUUCAACAGGCCCUCGGGAGCUCCUACAGAUCAACAGGCACCUGUCCCUGACUAUCCAUCAUUUAGUGUCGUUGAUGACGUGUCCCCCUUGCACUCUUUCGCAGCAUCUCCCGAUGCGAAUGUAGGCUACAACAGGCCCCCGGACUUCCAACCUCCCCCUCGUCCGUUGACGUCUCUCGGUCUGUGGAGGCAUCUCCAGAAGCCUGUUAAGGGUGCUGCUCCGCAAAAUGCCCCACAGCUUCCAAUGCCUCAAGAAGUUCCUCCUGAACUACGUACCAUCUUCGGACUCCACUGCAAGGCUCCCAGUAUGCACGGCCCCGGAGGGAUGCAGAGAAAAGACAGCCAGCCCUGUUACGGCGCCGGGUCCCUAGAGGGCGUCUGGAAGCUAGCAGAUAUGAUGAGAUACUCGUCCUCGUCGACUCCUUUCUCUGCUUUCAAACAGUUCCCGGAAGGUUAUCUGUUCUCUGUCGCGCCUGAGGAUCAUGAUCCACCAUGUCCCCUCCAGAAACGUUUCGACGGCACAGGCGCGAUACUGAAGGACCUUGCGGACACACCGUGUUCGUCUCUUGGCGUCCCUGGUCUUCUGCAGAGGCUCAACGAGGUUCUCGGCACAAAGUAUCAGCUCAAUGAAUGCCUGUCCUCCCUACUCGACUGCUACGUGAGCAGGCCCGACUGUGACUUCGGAAGGGCGUAUGGAGAGAUUCGACGCGGGUGGUUCUGUGACGUGGAUCGUUUACAGGACCGUUUGGAGAGAGGUGCACGUCAAGACUCUGAGAUGCGACAGAAGGCGAUCGAUCCUGAGCGAGGCCUCAUCGUCCAGCUUCGCACCCCGCCACGUCGUGUAUGGGACCUGUACAGCAACCGCGUCCUCCCUUUCUGGGUCCUUCUCUCCACCGACAUACCGGCGAACGUUUGGGCUGUUUCACAUAGCUGGGUUGAUAUCGAUCAGCGGAAGCUCGUCCAAACACGUGUCAACGGAUUCGAGUGGCCGUUGCCUAUCCCUUACGACGUCGAGCUCGACCACGUACGCAUCGAGCUGCUGAACCUAGGCGCCGAGUACGUCUGGCUGGACGUGCUUUGCCUGAGGCAACAGGUGGAGGAUAAAGUGUACCUCCAGCUCGGCUGGAACCCCGAUAGGUGGAAGCGCACCGAAGCGCUGCGGCAGGAGGAGUGGAAACUCGACGUCCCCACUAUCGGACAUGUCUACCGGUGCAAGCGAUCGCAAGUGGUCAUCAAAUAUUUCAGCGGUCUCGGCAGACCUUUCUGCGUGACCUCAGAGAUGUUCUCUGGGGAGAGGAGCUGGCACAAUCGAGUCUGGACGAUGCAGGAGACCUCCGCUAACUGGUUGCUCGGAGGGCUAAGACCCGAAAAGUAUUUGAUUCGGAAGGACCACCUGGACUACCCGUCGAUCUUCCACGCCCGCAUUUGCAAUCUGCUGAACGUGCUAUCUCAGGAUCCUCCAGACUUAUUUGCCUUGGCCAAGGCCUUACAAAACCGCAGAUCCACUCACGACAUCGACCGCGUCAGCGCGCUAGGACUCCUCUUGAAGUGUCCCGCUCUGCCGAUGUACGACAUAGAGCGGUGCUGCGAAGAGGCCUGGAGUCAACUCGUGCAACAGAUGUCGCGCAAACACCUCACCGACCUCCUUGCCCUCUGUCCUGUGGCCGGGGAUGUUCCGGGUGCUAAGUGGCGUCCUUCGUGGUCUCAGCUUAUACAGGAACGCGGGAAAGCGAUACCCUCGAGUACUCCGUCUGUCGAAUACUCAGAGGGCGAGCUGCUCGACUAUUUCUCGGUCGGAGAGUCUCCAACAGGUCUUAAUGUCGUAUAUUGGAACCGCGCGUACGUCAUUGAGAACUGCAAAUUUACCGUUGGGGAAGGUGGCAUACGUAUGCACGCUCUCCUCGGCCCACUCUCCCAGCAGCAACUUGCGGGUGAUAGUUACAAGACCGCGCCUUUCCUUGUGGAAACUUUAGGCCCUCCCUUCGAUCCCAAGCUCAACUAUUCUGUGGUCGGGAUGGCUGGCCUAGAGUGUUGGGUGCUGGGAAAUAUCGUGGAUCGCCGUUCUGGUAUGGACUACGUUAAAUUCGAGAAGAUAUCCGCCUUCCGAAUUCCGGAUGCUAGGGAGAGAGAACGACUGUGGCACCUGAACCCUGGCUACUCCGAUACCUCCAUACGCUAUCUCUGACCGGGAGCGAACACGGUGAGCAUUCGCGUACUAUCAUCCUAGUACAGAAACUCUUGAUGACAUACCGUACAGCACCUCGGUCGGCUCCUUCGCGCACUAAAUCAAGGCGCGCCGCACACUCGAAAUGCACAGAGGUCUUAUGCGCGGGCAGAGAACCUCAUGGAAAGACCGCUCGGCCGCUUGGAUGGCUGGCGUUACCCAUUCCGGUCACGGUAUAGCCCUCGAAAACGGAAUAAACAAGUGUACAGUACCAUAAACUUCUCGGUGGUGUCUAAUACCGUCCAUAGUAAGAUAUGAAUUCAGAAUAUGUCACACACUCGCGUGGUCCGCCCAGCGGACCUCAAUUAAUGUCACCGGUUCCAGCAUGUAGUUUUGUAGAAGUUAGCGGAAGAACGU